AUGUACUUCUUCCUCUUCAACCUGUCCCUCACUGACAUUGGUUUCAUCUCCAUCACGGUCCCAAACAUGAUUGUGAACAUCCAAACUCACAGCAGAGUCAUCUCCUAUGGGGGCUGCCUGACACAGAUGUCUCUUUUUCUCCUUCUUGGUAAUAUGGAUUAUAUGCUUCUGACUGUAAUGGCCUAUGACCGGUUUGUGGCCAUCUGCCACCCACUGCAUUAUCAGGUCAUUAUGAGCCCUCGCCUCUGUGGCUUCUUAGUUUUGGGGUCCUUUUUUCUGUGUCUCUUGGAUUCUCAUCUGCACAAUUUGAUGAUCUUACAAAUUACCAGUUUCAAGCAUGUGGAAAUUUCCAGUUUCUUCUGUGACCCUUCUCAACUCCUGAAUCUUUCUUGUUCUGACACCUUCUCUAAUAACAUUGCCAAGUAUUUUCUUGCAGCCAUCUAUGGCCUGUUCCCUCUUUCAGGGAUAUUUUUCUCUUACUAUAAAAUUAUUUCCUCCAUUCUGAGGAUCCCUUCUUCAGAUGGGAAGUGCAAAGCCUUCUCCACCUGUGGCUCUCACCUGGAAGUUGUUGGCUUAUUUUUAGGAACAGCCUCUGCAGUGUACCUUGGAUCAGCUGCAUCACAUAUUCCCCAAAAAGAUGUGAUGGCCUCAGUGAUGUUCACUGUGGUCACCCCCAUGCUGAACCCUUUCAUC